AUAGUGUUGUUGACCCUAUUAAUUCCUUUUUCUUGUUUUUGCAGACUAUGCUGACAACCAUAUCAAUGAGUGCUAUUGCUACAAAUGGUGUUGUUCCAGCUGGUGGCUCCUAUUUCAUGAUAUCCAGGUCAUUAGGCCCAGAGUUUGGUGGAGCUGUAGGGCUGUGCUUUUAUCUGGGAACAACAUUUGCAGGAGCAAUGUACAUUCUUGGUGCCAUUGAGAUUUUAUUGACAUAUAUUGUGCCACAAGCAGCAAUUUUUUAUCCAUCCGGUGCCCAUGAUGCAUCCAGUGCUAUGCUAAACAACAUGAGGGUGUAUGGAACUGUAUUCCUCAUCUUAAUGGCAGUGGUGGUCUUUGUAGGUGUGAAAUAUGUUAACAAAUUUGCUUCCCUCUUCUUGGCCUGCGUAGUAAUAUCCAUAUUAUCCAUUUAUGCUGGAGCUAUCAAGUCCAUCUUUGAUCCACCUGAAUUUCCAAUUUGCAUGUUGGGCAACAGGACUUUGAUAAGAGAUCAGUUUGAUGUUUGUGCCAAAACCAUAAUUAAGGAUAAUAUCACCGUGGCUUCUAAGCUUUGGGAGAACUUCUGCCACAAUACAAACUUAACCACUGAGAACUGUGAUGAAUAUUUCCUACUGAACAAUGUUACGGAGAUAGCAGGCAUUCCAGGAGCUGCUAGUGGCAUUUUAAAAGACAACUUAUGGAGCAAUUAUUUGGAGAAAGGAGAGAUACUGGAGAAAGCACAUCACCCCUCUGUUGAUGUAGCAGGCCAGAAGAGCAACUUUCAUCUGUAUGUGCUUUCGGAUAUAUCUACUUCAUUCAUGGUGCUGGUUGGCAUCUUCUUCCCAUCAGUGACAGGUAUCAUGGCUGGUUCAAACAGAUCAGGGGACCUCAAAGAUGCACAAAAAUCCAUUCCUGUUGGAACGAUUCUUGCUAUUGUCACCACAUCAUUAGUCUACUUCAGUUGUGUAUUGUUAUUUGGAGCCUGCAUAGAAGGUGUAGUCCUAAGAGAUAAGUACGGCGAUGCAGUGAACAAGAACUUAGUGGUGGGCACCCUUUCAUGGCCCUCUCCGUGGGUCAUUGUGAUUGGGUCCUUCUUUUCCACCUGUGGAGCAGGUCUACAGAGCCUUACCGGAGCCCCCCGGUUGCUGCAGGCAAUAGCGAAGGACAACAUCAUUCCUUUCCUCUGGGUUUUUGGUCAUGGCAAAGCAAACGGCGAACCAACAUGGGCUCUUCUGUUAACAGCGUUAAUUGCUGAGCUGGGAAUCCUUAUUGCUUCCCUUGACAUGGUGGCUCCCAUUCUCUCAAUGUUUUUCUUGAUGUGUUACCUCUUUGUUAACCUAGCAUGUGCAGUACAAACGCUUCUUAGAACUCCAAACUGGCGGCCCCGGUUUAAAUACUAUCACUGGGCUCUUUCAUUUUUAGGCAUGAGUAUUUGCCUGGCACUGAUGUUCAUUUCAUCUUGGUAUUAUGCUUUGGUAGCUAUGCUAAUUGCAGGAAUGAUUUACAAGUACAUUGAAUAUCAAGGUGCAGAGAAGGAAUGGGGUGAUGGUAUCCGGGGUCUUUCGCUCAGUGCUGCAAGAUAUGCCUUACUCAGACUGGAGGAGGGUCCUCCACACACAAAGAACUGGAGGCCUCAGUUGCUGGUGCUUUUGAAACUUGAUGAAGACUUGCAUGUAAAAUACCCAAGAUUGUUAACGUUUGCAUCCCAGCUGAAAGCUGGCAAAGGUUUGACUAUCAUAGGAUCAGUCAUCCAAGGGAACUUCUUGGAAACUUAUGGAGAAGCCCAGGCUGCUGAACAGACUAUUAAAAAUAUGAUGGACAUUGAGAAAGUGAAAGGAUUCUGUCAAGUGGUUGUAGCCAAUAAAGUUCGGGAGGGAAUUGCCCACUUGAUCCAGUCCUGUGGGCUCGGUGGCAUGAAACAUAAUACUGUGGUUUUGGGAUGGCCCUAUGGAUGGAGGCAAAGUGAAGAUCCAAGGUCAUGGAAGACGUUUAUAGGUGAGUUUUGAAGGUUUGGUGGGACC